CCCGAGAGGGAGGAGGAGGAUUUCAGGACCGGAGCGAUUCACUCUCCGCUCAAAGCGCAAAAACGCACAGAGUCAGCAAGUGGAUACGUACCAACCUGCGGCCGAUUAUCAGCCUGUUUCCAACUCUUUCACUUCAUUCCCCCACUGUUUUUAACGGAGCAUCUACUGUAAAGGAUAUGUUGAUGGAAGUUUCAAAGUGCAUUUUCAUUCUUCUAUCCUGCAUGCUGCUGGAACCAGUGUGUUCAGUGCAGAGUCAGAUGUGUGACCUGAUGAGGGAAAUAGACAAGGAGAGGGAGAUGUGCGAGGCUCAGAUUAAGAACAAAACGACAGGUUGCAAUGGGACGUGGGACAAGAUCACCUGUUGGCCCAGUGCCGAUGUCGGAGAAGUGGUCACCAUCCGGUGCCCAAAAUAUCUCUACUUCUCCAAGAACGUUCCUGCACGUAACCUGUCAAAAACUUGCACCAAGGAUGGCUGGACCUCAAUCAGCUACACAAUGGACUGUGGAUCUGAUCUCAACAACACCAUGGAUGAUAAUAUGUCGGGAGAAUUCUUUGACGCUAUCAAGGUGGGUUACACCAUCGGUCACAGCGUGUCGCUCAUUUCUCUGACGAUCGCCAUCAUCAUACUGUGUGUCUUUCGGAAGCUACACUGCACAAGAAACUACAUCCACAUGCAUCUGUUUGUGUCUUUCAUACUGAAAGCCGUAACAGUUUUCAUUAAGGAUGUGGUUCUGUAUGAUGUCGGGGAGAUAGACAAUUGUCAGCCAACUGUGGGCUGUAAGGCAGUGGUGGUAUUCUUCCAUUACGGGAUCAUGGCGAGUUACUUCUGGCUGCUGGUGGAAGGCCUCUACCUCCACGCUUUGUUGGCCGUCUCCUUCUUCUCUGAGAGGAAGUACUUCUGGUGGUACAUCCUGAUUGGUUGGGUGGCUCCAACCAUCUUUAUCUCAGCGUGGGUGAUUACAAAGGCUUAUUUAAAUGAUCCUGGAUGCUGGGAUAUAAUUGAUGACAAUCCAUGGUGGAUCAUCAAAACACCUAUUUUAGCAACCAUACUUGUGAACUUUUUCCUCUUCAUCUGUAUAAUCCGGAUUUUGCGACAGAAGAUGAACUGUCCCGACAUUGGAAGAAAGGAGUCCAAUCAGUACUCGAGACUGGCUAAAUCCACACUGCUGUUGAUACCUCUCUUUGGGAUAAACUACAUCAUUUUUGCCUUCAUCCCUGACCACAUCCACUCGCAAUUGAGACUGGUAUUUGAUCUUAUUCUGGGGUCAUUUCAGGGUUUUGUUGUUGCAGUCUUGUACUGUUUUCUGAACGGAGAGGUACAGGCGGAGAUUAAGCGUAAGUGGCGCAGAUGGAUGCUGCAGCGCUUCCUGGGUGCUGACACUAAGUACCAGCAGCCCUCCAUAGGCAGCAACGGCAACAACUUCAGCACCCAGAUCACCGUGCUCACCAAAUGGAGCCCUACUACACGCCGGGCAUCUGCUUGUGAGGAGCACCUCUCUGCCAUCUGAAACCCAUCAAGUGAACUCCGCUCUCUGUUUUUAUCAUCACAUACUGAAUGCAUGAUACACUGAAGGUCAAGAUGACAUUUUAGAACUGAAGCUAACAUUUGUCUGUUGUAAUUGUAUCUAUUACCUGUCAAAAAUGACAAGUCUUCAGUGUUUUUCUUAUUGCCAUGCAGGGUAAAAACAUUAUGGACACACUCCACUUAUUCAAAGAAUUCGUUAAAUAAUUAUCUUUACUUAAUGUUUUUGAACAAUUAAAUUGAUAACAGUACAAAAAAAGAUCAUUGUCAUUUUCACAGACUGUUCUUAGGUACAGUAGCUUUGAUCAGGGAGGAACUUCCAUUGUACUGGAGGUUGACAGCAAGGACAGGUAUCUGAUAUGUGCGUAAAGGCCAGUAUCACACUGAUAUUUAGGCAAACGGAUUAGUUUCUACCACAGUGUGACUCUGUGCUGAGAUCACAGGAUAAGUCAAACAGAAAUAGUUAAUGGCAAGUUAUUGAGAAUCACCUCUCAGAAUAACAUUGACCAAGUGUUUUGUAAUUGACACACUUCAGAAUACUGCAGGGAAAGAGAUCUUCACGGCCAACGUGUGAUUUAAAAGGAAAUGGGAUAUUUGGCGAGCAUUUUCCAUCUGAUGUUAUGCAAUAGAUGGAUGGAGGCAGAGAUGAGCUGAGUCCUAUAAGAAGCAAGAUGUUUAUUAAAAGGGUGUGUUACACAAGACGGCUCCAAGCACUUAACCUAAUGGCCCAUGUUGCUUAGGGGACCAAUGGUAACAACAUUUCUGACAGUGUCAGGCUGUCACCAGCAGUAGUCAGAGGAGGAAUCUAUAUCAUAACCAAUGUACUGGACGUUCCUGUCCUGUCUAUGACAGUUUUAUAUGAGGCAAAGACUCUGCUGAAUUACUGCCGGAUAACAUUCCAGAGAAGAGACUAAAGCUCCUGCUUGUGAAAUUUAUCUCUGAUUACAGAGGCUUUUAGUUUUGUCUGAGUGCGUAGACUUUCAUUUUGACUGUUUCUGCAACUCAUGGACCAGAUGUAUUCCAUUAUUAGUCCACAAUACACAACAUAGUGAAUUAUUAUCAGGCAACAGUGAUUAACUGCCAUUAACUGGAUUGCACUGACAAUUCAUUUCAUUGCAUCAAAUGUUAGUUUUCUAUUCUAUUCUAUUCUAUUCUGUAUUCACAAUAUAAUAUAUAUGUUAUUGUACCAAACUGUUUUUUAGACAUGCAAGUGGCAGGGCUCUAUGUUUUACAUCAUCAGCUGGUCAGUCUGUCAGUGUACAGAGUGGCCAGAAUUAAAUAUAUAGGCAACCAUUGGAUAGAAAUUUUGUACAGACAUUUAUGUUCCCCAAAAGAUGAAUCUUAAUGACUCUGGUGACCCCCCAGCUUUUCAUCUUGCACCACCAGCAGGUAAAAGUUUUCACUUAUCUCGUAAAAUAUCUCAACAUCUACAAGAUGGAUUGACAUAAAACUUUGUACAGACAUUCAUGGUCCCCAGAAGAUGAAUCUUGAUGACUUUGGUGGUCGUGUGACUUCUUUUCUAGUGCCACUAUGAAGUUCACAUUUGUGGUUCUGAGUGAAAUGUCUUAACUUGUAUUGGAUGGAUUGUCAUGAAAUUUAGUACACACAUUUAUUCCCCCUCAGGAUGAAUUAUAACUUAAAUUUUUCAUGUAGAGCCAUCAUCAGGUCAAAGUUUAAUUUUUUCCAACAGUGUUCAGUGACCAAAUACCUGCAAAACUAAUGGCAUUGCCAUCAGCCUCAGCUGUACUGUGUGUUUAGUGCUAAUUAGUUUGCAUGUUUACACACUAUAGAUGCUGAUGGCUAACAUGAUAAACAUUAUACCUGGAAAAACAUCAGCAUAUUAGCAGCAUCAUUGUGAACAUGCUAACGUUAGCAUUUAACUCAAAGCGUUAUGCACCAUUAAGUACAAGCUUACAGGAUUCAAAGUCCUAUCAGAUGUAAUAUGAUUUAUCACGCUUUAUCUAUUCUGACAUGUUUUCAAACAUUUAUUUGAAGCGACAUCCUCCUCGGAAAGGUAUAUCAGAUGUUUAUAUGUACAGACAGUGAAAGUGUCACAUUUCAUGUGGGAGUAAUGUUGGAGUAUGAUGUUCACUUCACUUCCCUUUCCUGUUGCCCUAGCGUGUGUGUGUGUGUGUGUGUGUGUGUGUGUGUGUGUGUGUGUGUGUGUGUGUGUGUGUGUG